AUGUCUCAGGUUUGUUGAAAAUCAUAGUAUUGGUGAUAAGUUUUGCCUGUGGAGCUUUUGUUCCCUUUCACUGUACAUGCAUUUUCACUUUCUUUUUUUACUUUCCUUUACAGGCGAAAAUGGAAGAAUUACAGCUCUUCCGUGGUGAUACAGUUCUCAUUAAAGGGAAAAAGAGACGAGAUACCGUAAGUAAACUUAUGAUACAGCAUAUCUAGAAACUACUACCGCUGUAUGCUGGACGUUACUGUACUUACGUAAUGUUUUAACGAGAAAUUUGUAGCUAUUUUUAUUCAAGCCCAUCAAUUAUUUUUUUUACGAAAUAUCUUUACUCUCUGCACAUUUAAAUUGCCCAGCAUGCAGGAGAAAUCUGUACAACUUUGUUGUUACUUGAUCACCUCAUUUGACAGGUUUUGUCUUGUGUCAAGUGCUGAUUGGCUAAAAAUAAACUAGUCAUUUCCAAGAAAAGCACUGCUUUUAUUGUGAAUUUAUUACUUUGUCAUUGUAAAAAACAAUGAAACUCAAUAGGUUAAACAGACAUCAUGUAUUUUAUUCAAACUCUUAGAGAUCUCAUUGGGUCACUUAAUUUAAAUGAACUAAGAUUUUCGUAUAAACAUGGAGUAGAUGAUCUCACCCUAACAUCCCAAUCCACUACGCACUUACUGAAACUUCUGCUCAUACACAGAUCUUGAAUUUAGUACUUAACAUGGCACUACUAAAGCCUGGGUGAAUAAUAACAUUUUGAGAGAUCACUAAGUUAUCUUGGGUCAUCUUUAUGAAACUUUCCAUAAACUGGGAGAAGUGAUGUCUUCUACUAAGAACUGAACACGUACAGGUCUGAAGUCCAUGCAUGAAUAUGAGAUGUUAACAAGAGAUGUACUAUUUGGUGAAUGUAUGUAUGAAAGUACAUGUAGUUAAUGUUACUAAUGCAAGGUUUUUUUGUUAGGUCUGUAUUGUGCUGUCUGACGAGUCAGUACCUGAUGACAGAAUACGCAUGAAUCGGGUUGUGAGGAGAAACCUUCGUGUGAGACUUGGUGACAUUGUCAGGUACUUAUAUACAUGUUCAUACAGACAAACCUCGGGUUUAAUUGACCACCUAAAUGUUAAGAUGCAGAAGUGCUUAUAGAAGGUGAUCGCUUUGGGAAUUGGAUGACAGGGGAUCUCUCAUUAGGAGAGGUCCAGAUACAGUACAUUUACAUGUAUAUACUUUUAGUAGAGAAUUUAUUGCAUGGAUUUCUAAGUCUCGGUGUAGUUCUUUGUUGUCAGUAAAAGUUCUUCACAUACUACAAAUACUUAGCACAUGUAGAUACAUGAAGUGAGUGGAGAGAUCAGACUCUGUGUUGAGUGAUCACUUUCAAGGGGUUAACCCUCUAAGCUCUAAGAAUGAUCAGCAUAAAAUUUCUCCUUAUAAUAUCAAUGCUUUAUAAAACAGACUGGUCAGGAGAAUUGAUGGCAUGAUCAGGAAAGAUAAACCUAAUUGAUACUUCAACAAAUUCUCCCCACUACUUCUAUUGAAAGUAUAUAGGGACAAAUAACAAGAUUAACAAUUUUGAUAUUAGGUUUUCAAAGGUUAAAAUCAUCACCUCCAAAAGUGGUUUAUUAUGAGUGGUGAUUGUUCGCAAGAGGUCUCAACUGUGGGGCUUUGACUAGGAAAAAGGUGGUUGGUUACUUAUGGAAGAUGGUCGCUCAUGGAGGAUUAAGUGUCUUAGUAAACUUGAUAUUAUUUUAUUUUACUCACUUUUGAAUAAAUUAUACAUGUAUGCAAGUUUUCAUCUUUUUGGGCAAACAGAUAAAUAACUUGAUUUAUGAAGAAAACUGAAAAAGGGGCAGUUGCAAAUAACCCCCAUUCCCUUCCCCAUUGUACCAAUUUACUGUACUUGCUGUAUCCGAAAGUUAAUAGAGUGGAGAAGUCAUUACGUCUAUUGCCAUGGAAGCAAAACUUCUGGAUGACAACAAACUGAAAACGUCACUUAAAAAGUGGACUUGCAUUGUGGCGAAAGUGUCUGGGUUAAAUCUGAAACAGCUGUAUUUGAGUGUAGAUAAAGAAAAAGAUAUUUUUGUGUGGUGUUCACCUACCUCAUAAAGCAGGCCAGUGAAAUUAGGAAGUUUCACGUCGCAGUAGUGCAACGAUGGCUAAGAAAUGUACUACAAAAAAGUGUGAUGCACGUGCAGAGUUGUUGUUUUGCUAAUAUAAACCUAUUGCUGUUUUGCUGUCCUCGUUGCCGUCACCAUCGCACCCUAUUGUUGUGAUACAGAAAUGUUGCUACCAUGAUAAUGUGGCAUCACACUUCUUCUCUCCGUAAUACUAAUUUUCCUUUUUUUGUCACAGUGUCCAAGCAUGUCCUGAAGUCAAGUACGGCAAGAGGAUUCAUGUGUUACCUAUUGACGACACCAUAGAGGGCCUAACAGGGUUUGUAGCGCACUGUUUUGUUUUACCAUGCUUAGAAUGAGAUAAUAAGAUCAAAGAUAGGAUUUUCAUGGCUGAUGUCUUAAUGUUAUCUCCACAGCAAUUUGUUUGAUGUCUAUUUAAAGCCUUAUUUCUUGGAGGCCUACAGACCAAUCAGGAAAGGUAAGGAUUAGACUUGGUCAAUUUUUUUACGAGUCUUCCUUUCUUCCUGUGGAAUAUUAAAAAACAGACAUUGACAUUAGAUGAAAAGUCACUCAGGGUAUUUUAUCAUGUAUCCCUUUCUGUUCUCUUCAAUAAAAUUAAUAUGCAAAUUCUAACUUUUAAAAAAUAGCUUUUAGAAGCUGCUUUUUUGCAUAAUAAAUAAUGUACAAACUUACAUGUCGCAAAGAGAAAUGCAGCUCUGACUAGCUAACCACUUACAAUAAACCUACUACCUACAUCAACCUACAUUAGUUAAUUGAUUAUUGUACAAUGAUUGUUUCAGGUGAUCUGUUUCUUGUGCGUGGUGGUAUGAGAGCUGUUGAGUUCAAGGUUAUUGAGACUGAUCCAACACCGUACUGUAUAGUUGCACCUGAUACUGUGAUUCACUGUGAAGGAGAACCAGUCAAAAGAGAGGUCAGUCUCGGCUUUCUUCUGAAUGGCAAAAUAAUAAGUAACAGUAAUUUGAGCCAUAUAGCCUCCCACAAAGAUACGUUAGGGCUUCGUCACACAUUCCUACGAGCUAGAACAACUGCAUGGGAGGCUCUUUGAGCCAGUGCUGAUAGUUCAAGCUGCAAUGCCUGCUGCAGGUGAACUCCCUUGAUGUUAUGGGUUAUUAUGCUAGUUAACCAAAGCAGAGAUCAUACAUAGGCAUUAAAAUGUCAUAGGCAAACAUUCUGAUUCUAUAUCUACUUCAAAACUAAAUGACACCAUGUCUUUUGUAACAAAUUGUUCUGUAGUAACAUUGCAUGAUCAAUUUCCAAUGUUUGACAUGUUAUCACACACAGUUCUCAUUACUUUCCCUGUGCAGGAAUUUGUACACAGCAAAGUUUAUCAACAAAAAUUGGUCCUCUGACUUCUUUCCCGUAACAAAACCCAUCCACCUUAUUAAUCAUGUUUCACUGCUUCUGCACAAUUCAGAUCACAUAAUACAAUGUAUGUUAUGUUUAAAAAGUUCUGGGGCUGUCAUUAAGAGGUAGGGGCCGUGGAUUUCCCCAGGCUACUAUUAAUGUGGCCCCCGCGACUUCCAUAGGAAAAUAAAGGAAAUGUAGCACUAAAAGAAUUGUAAUCCCUAGCCGUUUUAUUUCAUGCCUACUUGUUGUAUUUACCGGGCAACUUGAAAUCUUAGUGACAUCCCUGACCUUUGAAAUCCAGGGCACCUUCUAUCUAAGUUUGUCCACAGCUUAACCUUUUCUUUUUACUCGAAGGCGAAAGUAAGUUGCCUGGCACAAUUGGUAAUUUAAGUUUAGGGCUUGUUUUGUUUAGAUGCGUUAACGAAUGAUAAAUUAUAUUGCUGGGCUUUAGGAAGAAGAGGAGUCAUUGAAUGAAGUUGGUUAUGAUGACAUUGGAGGCUGCAGAAAACAGUUGGCUCAAAUUAAGGAGGCAAGUGCAGACAGUCACCUGUCCUAGCUACAGUUCUCUCAAUUAGAUGUGAAAUUUUUUAUUUCCCCUAGUAGCAGAUGUAUCACACUAAAUCUCAAUUUCCAUGACCUUCAUUUCAGUAAUUUUGUUGUUUUGACGUUAUCUCCUCUUGUUUCUCACAUACAUGUACAUGUAUAGUGGAAACUUGUCAGGGUUUUCACCUAGUGGCUCUACAAGCAUGAGCAUCAAAAUAUAAUCAAAAGAACUUCCUAGCUGUUCAGGGCUGUCAAAAGAAUUUUGAGCAGCAGGCUGAUAAUGAAUAGUAGGCAGCUUUGGAACUUGCACCAAAGGCACAAGUUCUUGAGGGCUGAGGCAUCUAGGGACAUCUUGAAAUUUUAGAGUCUCAGAAAUGGCAUUUCCAGGGGUUUUCAAGAGGUAUUUUCCACCAUGGACGCCAUGUUGUUUCAUCAGAAUACACUGGGAACAAUGCCAUUGAUCCACGACAUUGCAUGGUUUGAACUUUUCACAAAUCUAAGCCUAUUUAAAUAUGCGUUCAAUGUCAUUCAAAACUGGGAAGCGGAUGUCUUACAAUUUUAUUCGAUGGUGCUUAUUUUUUGUUAGCAGUUAUGGUAGAGGGGGAGCCAGCUAAAGAUGGCUAACUAGCAGGCGGUUUUAGCCGGCUUCUGGCCCCUAUUGACAGCCCUGGCUGUUCAGUUCCUUGCCAACUAAUUGCAUGCACCUGUCAAGUUAAAAUCUCAGUGACAUCCCUGAGGCUCUUUACCACAGCCUCUUUGUGAAAUCAGUGGGUCCUAUGUUAUUCAAACUGUGUUUUGAUUUGGUCUCCUUCAGAUGGUGGAACUACCACUCAGACAUCCCCAGUUGUUCAGGGCUAUUGGAGUGAAGGUAGGGUGAUCAGAAGUAAAUGAAAAAGCAAGUAAAUUCAAUAGAAAUUUUGAACAAGAUGAGGUCUCCCUAAUUUUCAAAAAAAUCCCCCAAAUUUUUGUGUUCUUCCAUUUUUUGCAUUUGCAACUUAUUUAAAGUUGUUUGAUCGCAAAAUAAUAUUAUUUCAGAACUAAAACGAAUACAGAAUAGCCAGCUUUGUGUCCAGUUGUAGGCUUUUUGAAGCAAAGUAUUUCCAAAAAAUUAGCACUUAUUACUUAAUCACACUUUUAAGUAAGUAUUUCAAGGAUGCUUGACCUUUGAUUUUGUCUUGACUGUUAUAGCCUCCUCGUGGUAUUCUUCUGUAUGGUCCCCCUGGAACUGGAAAAACACUCAUGGCGAGGUAGGUGUCCAUUUUUACUGCCAGUAGUCAGUGCAUGUAACGUGUGAAAAGUAUUUAAUAUCAUUGUUCUCAUUAGAUUUAUAAUACUUGCAUAUCAGCAUGUGCUCUUACAAAUUGUGUAGCUGCAAAUGAAACAUUUGUCUUUGUUGUUGCAAGAAAGAAGUGCUCUUGUAGUAACCUUGUUCAAUGAUUAACGUUUGUUAAUUGAUUUGACAACUAUGCUUAAUUAUAUGCAUUAAUUUUUUGCAGGGCUGUUGCCAAUGAGACAGGAGCAUUUUUCUUUUUAAUUAAUGGUGAGAUUUUUGUUUCCUGGAAUAUUAUAACCAAACUAGUUUUCAAUAUUUAGGUCAACUGGUCAGAUUUUAAACUUACUUGUUGUAUUUUUAAUUUUUUCUUUAGGUCCAGAAAUCAUGAGUAAACUUGCUGGUGAAUCAGAAAGUAAUCUUAGGAAAGGUACUGUACUCAAAAAACUUGUGUUGUAUGUCCAAUUUCAUGGGCUUGCCUUUUUAUGAAUAAAUUAUUUUAAAUGAUUCUUAACAAUUCUAAUGCUUUCUCUUUUUAAUCUUAACAGCUUUUGAAGAGGCAGAGAAAAAUUCACCUGCCAUUAUUUUCAUUGAUGAGAUUGAUGCAAUCGCUCCAAAGAGAGAUAAGGUGAAUAAUACUAAUGUACAUCAACUUGUCACUAAACUAUGGACUAUAAUAACCACAGUCCAUGGACAUGGUAAUACAAGUCAAAUUAAAAAAGUGUACUCUCAAAAAACUCUUUAAAAACUUUUUAAUAGAUAACUGUACUCAAUAUUGUUACUUACAUGUAUGUUUACUGUAUGUGUUCAGUUAAAUAAUCCCUGUACAAUCCCACUGUAUUCCUGUGACAGACACAUGGCGAGGUGGAAAGGAGAAUUGUCUCCCAACUCUUGACUUUGAUGGAUGGCCUAAAGCAGAGAUCUCAUGUCAUUGUAAUGGCGGCCACCAACAGACCCAACAGCGUAGAUCCAGCUCUCCGUAGAUUUGGUAAGUCAUCUUUCAUCACAAUAAAUGAGUCUUUGACUGUGAUGAUGACUUCUCCUGGUAAUUCUUAGAGGUGGUGUUCCUCCUCUUUCUCAAAAUCCUGACCCUAUGUCAACUGUUUCCUCAGGCUACUCCUCAAAUUAUAUUGCUCCUGGACUGGUCUGCUCAGGGCUAUUAGUUUUUUCUAUUUCUGAGUGGCUGUGCUCUCUCUAUUUUUUUCGCAAUUAUUUCCUUGAAAUCAUUUUACUCCUUUUGUAUCAAGAGCACAAUAAAGAUUGUUGUUGUUGUUGUGGUUGUUGUAAUGUAAGCUGUAUUUCUGCUUCAGGUCGGUUUGACAGGGAGGUAGAUAUUGGUAUACCUGAUGCAACUGGUCGUCUGGAAAUCUUGCGAAUCCACACAAAGAACAUGAAAUUAGCUGAUGAUGUUGAACUUGAACAGGUAUGUACCGUAAUAUAUUAAAAAUUAAUAUAAUUAUGAUUAGUCCAAAAGUUAAUUUCUGCUUCAAAGACUAUACUAUGGGGCUGUCUAUAAUAAUAAUAAUAAUAACAAUAAUAAUAAUAAUAAUAAUAAUAAUAAUAAUAAUAAUGAUAAUAAUAAUAAUAAUAAUAAUAAUGAUAAACCUUUUUUUUUUACUUCAUUAUAUGAAUGAACUACACUGUCGUUUCUCUUUAUUCCCUGGAGGUCUUGUAAUUUAUUGUGCUGUACUUGGUGAUUUGCACUUAUAACUCAUGAGUAAAGAUGUGAUGGUGACUUUAAAGUAUUUAUUACAUCCACUUUGAAAUCACUGGCUAACCGUGCAAUCUGAUUGGCUCUCAGCAGUGUGAUUUAUUCCUAAAUCGCACCAUUUUUUGCUCUAAAUCGCAUCUAUUCCAAAUCGCGUCAUUCAUGUUCUAAAUCGCAUCAUUUCUGUUUUAAAUCGCACCAUUUUUGUUCUAUAUCGCAUCAUUUCUGUUUCGAAUACAAAAUGAGAUGUAAAAGCCUUUUUGUUUCGGCUUUUUAACAAACCGGCUACUCGAUCAAUAAAAUAUUAAUACUGACUAAAUUCUGCGAUUUCAAAGUGGAUGUAAUAAAGUGUUAAUUGAACUUCGUGUCGUGCAAUUUUGGUCUGAAAUCAUACUUGUGAUUUCAAAUCGAACUCGCGCUGCGCGCUCGUUCGAUUUUGAAAUCAUGCGUAUGAUUUCAGACCAAAUUGCACUCCACUCAGUUCAAUUACCAUUAUAAAUUGUUCAUUGUUUGGUGAUUUCAUGGAGGUGUAACACAGACCUGAAACACAGGAGUCAAUUUGCCCCAGAGUUGGCAAAAUUGAUGAUUCAUGCUGUAAAUGUAGGUAAACAUGAAAUAACAUUACUUUGUUGUGGUGGUGCUCUGAUGAAUUUGCCUGUUGUAAUUUUUUUUCAUAGAUUGCAGCUGAAACCCAUGGUUAUGUUGGUUCUGAUGUUGCCUCCCUCUGUUCAGAAGCUGCUCUUCAACAGGUAUAGUUUCUACCCCAUUGAAAUCUGUGGCUUUAUUAACAUUAAAAUUACGUUACAUUAGUUAUGUUAAAAAUAAUAAUUAUUAUAUGGUGACUCAUUGCUUAACAUUGGAAACUACAUGUACUAACGAGCCAGCCUUAAUUUCAUACAUGUAGAUUCAGUGCUUUUCAGCUCCUUACAAUAAAUUUUGAUUUUACAGUAAAGUGUUGCAAGUUAUUUUGAGUCAGCUGAUUUUGAUGGUGAAGCUUGUAUACAUGGAGCGGUUUAGAUGGCCCUUUUUGGCUUCUCCAUGACAAGCAGGCAUACCCAAGUGUUUCGAAUUGUUCAAUCAUGCUGCAGAAACUGAGUCAAUUUUUGAUUUGUCUGUGCAUAGUAUUUCAUUUCUAAUAGAAAAUCUUUUUCUCCAGAUUCGGGAAAAAAUGGAUUUAAUUGACUUGGAAGAUGAGCAAAUUGAUGCAGAGGUCUUGGACUCAUUAGCAGUGUCUAUGGAUGACUUUAGGGUAAGUACAUUUUAAAAUUCUGUUACACAUAUGUAGCAUUCGCAAUGUCUUGCUUGUUUUUUAAUUGCAAAAUACCUUUCCCAAAGCACAGUCUCCUGCCAAUUUUAAAUUAUGUUUGAGCAGGUUCACCGCUUUGGAAAACCAAAUUGUAAAUCUGUCCCAAAAUGGAAACAACAGUGCAUUGGUGUUGUUUCUUUCCAUUGACUCUUAAUUUGCAGACAAGGAAUUAAGUAAUUAUUAUUAAGAAACAUAAUCAGGUGCACCUCAACCCUUUAGCCCAAAUAUCUAGAUUCAAAUUCUCCAAACUGAUUUCCAUACAAUUACUUAAAGAUCAUGGAGUUAUUUAUUUUAUAUUAUUUGUCACACAAUAAUAGAAUAUGAAUUACAAAUAAGAUAGGAAAAGUAGAAACAAGAAGUGACAAAAAUACCUAACAGAUAUUAUAGGAGCUUAUGAGAGGUUAGGCCUCCUUGAACUAGGGGCUAGAGCUGUUUACAUUAAGAUUCGUGACAGUUUCCGCGUAUACCGGCUGCUUAGUUCCUCUGGAAAUUUUUAUGGCCCAGAAAUUCGGCAUGGGAUUUUUUAAGGGUUAAAUUUUGGCCCAGGGAUUUUUUUGGGUUUUGUUUGAAGCCCUCGGAAUUGUUUUGGGUUUUCAUUUUUGCCCCUAUUCGAUCAUCCCUAUCACUUGAAAUCCAGAGUACCCCUACUGGGGACUUAAACUGUUUGAAAACAAGAUUGACCAAGAUUGAUUGUUUAGCCAGGCACUAAACAUCCUAUACAUUCUGUCCUGACAGUAUGCCAUGGGUGUGUCCAACCCGUCAGCUCUGCGUGAGACUGUGGUAGAGGUACCGACCACAACGUGGGACGACAUUGGUGGCUUGGAAAAUGUCAAGCGUGAACUGCAAGAACUGGUGCAGUACCCUGUAGAACAUCCAGACAAGUUCCUCAAGUUUGGAAUGAUGCCAUCCAAGGGUGUGCUGUUUUACGGACCUCCAGGCUGCGGUAAAACACUCUUGGCUAAAGCCAUUGCAAAUGAGUGUCAGGCCAACUUUAUUUCUAUUAAAGGACCUGAACUGCUGACUAUGUGGUUUGGAGAGUCAGAGGCGAAUGUUCGUGAUGUGUUUGACAAGGUGAGGUUUUACUGUAAUGUCUGCAGAGCAGGCUUUUUUUUUAAUCCUCAGAGGUACAUUGAUUGUGGCUGCACCAAAACUUAGGGAGGAGGGGCAGGUUAGGGGUAGGGGCAGGAAGGAGAUUAUUUUUUCCUCCCCUCCCCCUCCUCCAUUUUAAACCGGACAACCUCUCCCUUUGAAUCAGUUUUUAACCCGCCUCAGCUCUCUGUGAUGGCCAAUGUUGAAGAUGGAAGGAGAGUAUUAGUCCCACGAAAAGUGGCUUUGUUCACGCUGCAAAAUACAUCUCCUUUACAGGCACUGUAAAGACCAGAGAGUUAAUUUAUUUAUCCUUCAACUCCAAGAGUGCCCAAAAUCAGGACAAGAAAAAUCAUCAUUAUUUCAGUGUUAAUAUCUUAGAAUCUAAAGUUGUCUAGUACAUUUCACUACCAGCAUGCUUGUUAUAUAUUACAAUGAAACCACAUUACUGCGCCCACCAUUGGACCAUAAAGUCCUGGUGGCAUCAACGAGGUCUUCAAAAUAAUAAAAUGACUCAGUGAUUUUUACGCUCAGGCAGCGUCGAAGAAAGUCGUGUCCGAUAGCCCGGGGCUAGUGGAUUUUGCUUUCGGGCUAGUAAAUUCUGUUUUUAACUUGCCCAACGGGCAAGUGAAUUUUUUGGGGAAAUUCAAGUUACAGAAUGAUUGUAAUCAAUCUUGCUAAUCAGAAAGGGUUUUGGGGCUAGCUGAAAUGUCUUGUGGGCUGGUACAUGCUAGCUACAGCUUGCCCGAAUGGCAGGCUGUAAAACUGACUUUGUUUGCACCCUGGUUCAGGUGAAAAGAAUUUGAUUGUAAUGAUAAGGUAGUCAUAUACACAGGGUGUCCUGAAGUGGGGUUCCACUAUACAAUGUAAUAAACUUACUAUCCCAAAGCACAAUCCCCUGCCAGUUAUAAAUAUGUUGAGUGCAGGUUCACAGCUUUGGAAAAUCAAGUUGCAAGUCUGUUUUUUUUUGUGGAAAGAUAAAUAUUGCUUUUACUUCCCAAUGACCGAUUUGCAAACAUGAUUGUAAAUAAUUUUUUAUUAUUCAGUGUGCAAAGAAAGUAAUGUCCAAUAGCCCGGGGCUAGUGGAUUUUACUAUCGGGCUAAUGAAUUCUGUUUUUAACUUGCCCGACGGGCAAGUGAUGUUUUUUCAGCAAUUCGAAUAACAGAAGAACUGUGAAAUCAAUUCUGCUUGUCAAAAAGCUUUUGGGGCUAGUUGAAAUGACGUCUGUGGUAGUAAAUGCUGGCUUCAGCUUGCCCGAAUGGCAAGCUGUAAAAAUGAUUUUCUUUGCACCCUGUUAUUAGUUGUUUAUGGCUCACUUUUCCUUUUAACACUCAAUUAAAACACCAAUAUUAUUGUCAUUAAUACUCGGAAUAUAUCACAAGUUCAUCGUAAAUGUAAUUUAGUAAAUUCUCUGUGUUUGUAAUUUUGUCAGGCUCGAAGUGCUGCCCCUUGUGUGUUGUUCUUUGAUGAGUUAGACUCCAUUGCCAAGGCCAGAGGAGGAAAUGUGGGAGAUGGAGGUUAGUUCUUUGUCACAAUAUGUUCCAAAAUGCAAAAGUCAAUUUUCUAAAAUCUUCCAAAUAAAUAACAUCAUUAAAUUUGUUUGGUAUAUUUAGGCGGAGCUGCCGAUCGUGUUAUCAACCAGGUGCUCACUGAAAUGGACGGCAUGAAUGUCAAGAAAAAUGUUUUUAUCAUUGGAGCUACAAAUAGGUUUGUUCAUCAUUUCUUGCCUGCAGUGAAACCCUUAUAUAGCAAAUCCUGUCUACUCAAGUGGUAUGAGUCAUUAACCCUUUAAGUCCCAAUAGCGACCAACAGCAAUUUUCUCCUAACGAUGUCCAUACAUUGUCAAGAGAUAAGGUUGUGAGAAUAUAAAAAAUGAUCACGAAAGAGAAAAUGCCUUGGUGUUUUAUUAAAUUCUCUCAACCAAUUCUUAAAGGAAAUGUGUGAAGAUCAGUUUGGAGAAUUUGUAUGUGGAUAUUGGGGCUUAAAGGGUUAAGUUGUGCGAUUGACUCAAGUGGUGAAUGUUAUACAUUUCAGUGAAACAAAGUGAAGGUACAUUACUUGGCUGCAUCUCAUUAGACAAGUGUAGAGAGUGAGUGCUGUCAAGUGGUGCGACUUGUACGACCAUUCUAAAAGCAUCCUAAAUGACAAACAUUCUAUGCAUGAAACUACAAAAUGGCUGAAUCACAAAAAGUCUGGUUAGUGUGUGAGCAAGAACGCAUACGCCAUGAAUAUUUCUCGUUGACCUUGUUCUAUAGGCAUCGUACAGGUGGGAUGUGACCUCACUAAAUGCGUGAAUUGUAUGAGUCGUACCACUUGACAGGGCCCCACCACAACUUUGCUAACAAAUUCUAAGUGUUGUUAAUAACGUGUGAUUUUACCAGGAGUUGUACUGAUUGACAGGGCCCCCUCCCAAGAACUUUGCUCGCAAAUUGUAAGUGUCGCUAAUGAGAUGCUAUUUCAUCAAUUCCACGACUCGUACGAGUUGCACCACUUGACAGGGCCCCUUCUCCAGAACUUUCCUCCCAUAAUCUAAUUGUCACUAAUAAAACUCGAUUUCACCACUUGCAUGGAUUGUACAAGUCAUACCUCAUAACAGGGCCCUCUCACAAAUUCAUAGUGUCUCUAAUGAGAUGCAAGUUCAUCAAUUGCACCUCUAAAUGAGAUGCAGCUUAAUGUGAUACCUCAUAUUACCUUACUGAAGUAUCACCCAUCCACCACUAGUACAAAUCACAUUAAUUCAAAGGCUAAUCUCACCUCUUCACCACUCGUACAUGUUUAAACACAUGCAUCACGACUUUCAUGACUUGAACAAGUGGUGAGUAUUGUACAACCCUUAUAGGGUGGGGAGAUCACCAUAGAUGCUGGGGCGUAAAUGGACACAAAAGGACUUCCCCUCCUCAAGCUUUGUUUUAGCAUUUUACGGCAGAGAUCAUUACAUGUGACUCUUUUUAACUGUAUAUGUUGUUUUGAUGCAGGCCAGACAUUAUUGAUCCAGCCAUCAUGCGACCUGGACGUUUGGAUCAACUGAUUUACAUUCCUCUUCCUGAUGAACCAGUGAGUCAAUUAUUGAUGCAUAUUAUAAUAAACUGAUUAUGUCAGUUGUACACAUGAAUGAUUGCACUUUUGAAAAGUAAUGUCUAUUCUAUGUGCAUGAGCCUGUUAUAGACAAAAUUAAACCCAUAUACUAGUGUAAGAUUGUCAGUGACAAGGUUAGGGAAGAUGUGUUGUGAUUCUGUUUUAUUGUUGGUACAGUUUUCUUGAAAUAUUUUGUAUGUUUAUGAUAAUAUAAGUUAAUGUAUGAUUAGAGUAACCACAACACAUAACGUCAUGCACAUCUAGAGCACUGGAGAGGUUUGUGGAUGAUGUGUUUGUUUUUUUGGUUUUACGAGUGUAGUGUAUACGAUGCUAAUGCAAGCGCGUAGAAGCGAGAGAAUGAACGUGAUGUGAUACACACGGGAAUUACGUAAUUUGCAUGUACUAUAGAUAGCGUGUGUUGUAAUUUAUUCGAGUCUGUUAGCGUUCUGAGUAGGGAGUGUAACGGUCGUGAAUAAAGUGUGUUUUAACCUAACCGCGGUACUACAUUGGCGACGAGGAUAUUUCGAGGAUAUUUCGAGGAUUUCGCCGAGGGUUUCAAGAGUUUCGUUGAAAAUCUCGCUGUGGAUUUCGUCGAGGAUUUCGUCAAGGAUUUAUUUCAGCGAUGCCGGGAGGCGGUGGAUCGGGCGAAACUAACGCGACAAGCGGUACUACAACGAGCACAGAAAAAGCUGCAUGUAAUUCAGUGGUGACCAAGUAAUGAAUCUCAUUUCACUAAUGACCUUUCUUCUCAUCUAUUCCAGUCACGUGUCUCCAUUCUCAAGGCUUGCUUAAGGAAAUCGCCAAUUGCGAAGGUUGGUUCUACAAAUACUUCUCUUUUUAAUGUUUUCUGUUAUUGUUCUACAAGGUGGGAGUUACUUCAUCAGGAAGUGAAAACUAGCCAAUACAUAAACCCCACAAUGUAGGGAGAUCUUUUCUAGAGGUGGGGAAUGGGGCUUCAUAUUGUUUGAUCUUAGGGUUUUCCUUGUUUGGCUUGAAUGGGUUUUGUAUGUGUUAGCAAUCUUGCAUAGCUAUCGUAGCUAGCACACACUUUGUGCAUGCUGUUAUUUUAGAAAAAAAAGCUUUAGUAAACUACAUUUGGGGAAUAUAAGUCCUGGUUAUAGUAAUUUCGUGACAAUUUUUUCUGCUGGGACUCUGUUGACUGGCCGCUCGUUUAAGUUGUGACUCUUAUUACAUUGUUAAUGUUAAAACUGAAAAUUAUGUUUGCAAAGUUUAACACAAGUUUUAUUCAACAGGAUGUAGAAUUGGGCUACAUGGCCAAGGUUACUCAAGGCUUCAGUGGUGCUGAUUUAACAGAAAUCUGCCAACGGGUAAUUUGUCAGUUUUUAUUGUACAACUUUUGGGCUUUUCCUCUUAAUCAAUUACCUCCUUCUAUGUAUCACUGAACCCCUCUUCAAUAGAUUGUCUUUCAUAUUUAAUAUAAAUGCUGUAAUAUUAAUUUGCCUAAGUAUGUUUUAGAUAGUGUUGGUGAGUACUGUUAGGAGUGCCAAUGAUUCUUUUUUAGAGGUAUUAUUGUGCCCAGAGUGAUCUGUGGGAGCAGUUAGGUCACAAAUACAUUAAGAAUGACAGGGGCCUGCAGGGUUCUUGUAAAGUGCCAUAAAACUGUUACUUCAAAUUUUGAGCUGUGUACUUUUUGGGAAAAAGGCUAAGGUGAGAGAGUGAAAGCGUGAAUUCAUUGCCAAGCUACCUAAGUCUACAUCCUAACUUUGUACUUUAAAACUUUAUGAGAACCCUCGGCCUGGUGUGAUGAUUUAUGGUCAUAUCUUAGCCACUUUUUCCAUGAAUAUUUCCCCUUUUUUUCCAGAAUACCUCUAACUUUGUAUCGCAGUCUCAGAAACCUUUUAUGUGAUCUGACUUGUAGGCAUGUAAACUGGCGAUCAGAGAAGCAAUUGAGACAGAAAUUCGAAAAGAGAGAGAGAAAGAGGAUAAUCCAGAUUUGGAUAUGGUAAGAGCUUUUACUAAACAUUUAUUUUUCCUGUCAUCUGGAAAACACUGAUGUUUACAUAACAUUGUCUUGACAUUUUUAUGACUAAAUUUGCUUUGCAUUGCAUUUUUUUCCUGAAAAUAAUCAUGUUGGGCUCAGAUUUGAAAGUUCUUGGUUCAUGAAUCAUGCAUGCUUAUGUCUAUCAAAAUGAUACAGUUUGAUAUUUUAAAGUAGGGACUGUUGAAUAGAUCUUUCCCGCGUUACGCUUCAGUGAGCAAACGUAAAGAAAUGAGGACAAGACUCAGGUGGACAAUUUCAUACAAAUCACUGUAUUUUGUCCACGAGCCUUGAGUUGGUGCCUUUGUUUACAGGAAAGCGGGAAAGGUCUAUUUAAUCACACAGAGUCAUGUUAAGGUUAAAAGCAACACUUUUUUUAAGUCCUUCAUUGUCAAGGUAAUCCUAGAACCUUUCCUUCUCAUCUCACACAUCACUCUUCCCUUCACGCAUCCCUUUCCUCGCCUUAGCUUGAAUUGUUGUCAGGUCUAGGUGAAAACCUGUCAUUUAUUAUUAUUAUUAUUAUUAUUAUUAUUAUUACCUGCGUUCGACAUGUGUUCAUUUAUGUUGCUAACAAAAGGAACUGUAACAAUAUAGGAAGUGGAAGAUGAAGAUCCUGUUCCAGAGAUUAGACGAGAUCAUUUUGAAGAAGCCAUGAAAUUUGCUCGCAGGUCUGUUAGUGAUAAUGACAUCCGCAAAUAUGAGAUGUUUGCACAGACCCUUCAGCAGAGCCGAGGAUUUGGUGGAAACUUCAGGUAAGUUGAUCUUUUAAGAUCAGUACAAUCAGAAUCAUUUUUCCUUUCAUAUUUAAAUGUGGUAAUCCCAGUGAGGUCCCUAAUUUGCACAAGAAAGAAAAACCCUGAAGGAUUCUAGUCAUAGUAUGCAACUGUAUUAAAAUGAUGGUAUUGUGCAGAUGGCCUAAUGGUAUGAAAAAUAUGCAUUUUAUUAGGUUCCCAAGCCAGAGUGGAGGCAGUGGAACUGAAGGAGGACAAGGCGGAUCCGGUGCUGAUAAUUCUAACUUAUAUGAUGAUGAGGAUGAUGACCUGUACAGUUAGAGCAAAAUCUGCCUAUUAUUCAGUUUUAUUUUCUGCUAAUCAUUAAUUUUGAAGUUUGAAAGUGGCCUCUGUGCAAAACUCUGUGAACAUGUUUACAUGUUUGUUUUUCUUUUAAACAUGCUACAUCAGGGUUAAGUUGCUGAAAAAAUCUGUAUUAAAACAAGAAAACAAAAUUAGUGUAGAGCUUAGCUUCCAAAUGUCAAGAAUGUUACAUUUAGGCACAACUGAUAUUUAAUAAAAUACAUUUAGAAGAAAUAGGUUUUACUUGAUUGCUCGAGGCGAAGGUUCAGCUUCUUUACUUUUGAACAGCAUGCUAAUUAAACUUAAGACAGUGCUGGUCAGCAGUCCCUAUCUCCAAUUAUUAUAAUUAUGUUGGGUAGUCUUAGGGUAUUUGCAGAGCCUCAGUAACUUAACAGCUCUUUUAAUGACGUCAAUUUGUUCACAGUGCUUUUCAGGUGUAGUCAUUUUAACCGCCCUGCUCCAAGCCCUCCUUCCCUCCCUCUCGAUGCGUCUUGAUAAGUAACUAUGAAACUCUCCACUGAGGUCCUCAGUGUGAUUGUGCCUGGUGGUUGCCGCCCAAAGGGUUGUUGUGGUUACCUCAGCGCCUGCUUGCAGCCCCCUCAGUUUUUCCAUGCACAUGCAGCACACGCAACUAUUGUUGUCAACAGGUCGUGACCCAUUUAAUGCAAUGCUUUUUCCGUAUUGCUGAAGAAUAUAAUAGUAUUGUUGAAGACCAUCAGCAUCAACAUGAUAUUGGUAUUAGUAUCUUUAUUGGGCUUUCCAUUGGCAAUAGUCUGCCUCUGAAUCAUUUCUCAGUGAACAAUUUAUAUAAAUUGAACAAAAGAACCAUCACUUACAUGUACUUUGAAAUAAACUGUGCCAUCCAUGCAUUCAAAGAAUGCAAAUCAAUUCUCCUUUAACCUCCUUCAGUUCUCUCACAUUUUUUUGUGUUGUUUUGUUUUACUUUGUUUGAUUUUUUGGGAAGCAAAGGUUUAUAACCUUUGUAAACAAGCACAUCAAAAGACUUGUAUUAAUAAUUGUUGUUAAGACAUGUUUUGAACACAUCUGUGUUGUCUGUUAUUUAAAACACAACUUUGUAUGUUUAUGAUAAUAUAAGUUAAUGUAUGAUUAGAGUAACCACAACACAUAACGUCAUGCACAUCUAGAGCACUGGAGAGGUUUGUGGAUGAUGUGUUUGUUUUUUUGGUUUUACGAGUGUAGUGUAUACGAUGCUAAUGCAAGCGCGUAGAAGCGAGAGAAUGAACGUGAUGUGAUACACACGGGAAUUACGUAAUUUGCAUGUACUAUAGAUAGCGUGUGUUGUAAUUUAUUCGAGUCUGUUAGCGUUCUGAGUAGGGAGUGUAACGGUCGUGAAUAAAGUGUGUUUUAACCUAACCGCGGUACUACAUUGGCGACGAGGAUAUUUCGAGGAUAUUUCGAGGAUUUCAAGAGUUUCGUUGAAAAUCUCGCUGUGGAUUUCGUCGAGGAUUUCGUCAAGGAUUUAUUUCAGCGAUGCCGGGAGGCGGUGGAUCGGGCGAAACUAACGCGACAAGCGGUACUACAACGAGCACAGAAAAAGUUGCAUGUAAUUCAGUGGUGACCAAGUAAUGAAUCUCAUUUCACUAAUGACCUUUCUUCUCAUCUAUUCCAGUCACGUGUCUCCAUUCUCAAGGCUUGCUUAAGGAAAUCGCCAAUUGCGAAGGUUGGUUCUACAAAUACUUCUCUUUUUAAUGUUUUCUGUUAUUGUUCUACAAGGUGGGAGUUACUUCAUCAGGAAGUGAAAACUAGCCAAUACAUAAACCCCACAAUGUAGGGAGAUCUUUUCUAGAGGUGGGGAAUGGGGCUUCAUAUUGUUUGAUCUUAGGGUUGUCCUUGUUUGGCUUGAAUGGGUUUUGUAUGUGUUAGCAAUCUUGCAUUGCUAUCGUAGCUAGCACACACUUUGUGCAUGCUGUUAUUUUAGAAAAAAAAGCUUUAGUAAACUACAUUUGGGGAAUAUAAGUCCUGGUUAUAGUAAUUUCGUGACAAUUUUUUCUGCUGGGACUCUGUUGACUGGCCGCUCGUUUAAGUUGUGACUCUUAUUACAUUGUUAAUGUUAAAACUGAAAAUUAUGUUUGCAAAGUUUAACACAAGUUUUAUUCAACAGGAUGUAGAAUUGGGCUACAUGGCCAAGGUUACUCAAGGCUUCAGUGGUGCUGAUUUAACUGAAAUCUGCCAACGGGUAAUUUGUCAGUUUUUAUUGUACAACUUUUGGGCUUUUCCUCUUAAUCAAUUACCUGCUUCUAUCUAUCACUGAACCCCUCUUCAAUAGAUUGUGUUUCAUAUUUAAUAUAAAUGCUGUAAUAUUAAUUUGCCUAAGUAUGUUUUAGAUAGUAUUGGUGAGUACUGUUAGGAGUGCCAAUGAUUCUUUUUUAGAGGUAUUAUUGUGCCUAGUGAUCUGUGGGAGCAGUUAAGUCACAAAUACAUUAGGAAUGACAGGGACCUGCAGGGUUCUCAAAAAGUGCCUUUAAAACUGCUACUUCAAAUUUUGAGCUGUGUACUUUUUGGGAAAAGGCUAAGGUGAGAGACUGAAAGCCUGAAUUCAUUGCCAAGCUGCUUAAGUCUACAUCCUAACUUUCUACUUUAAAACUUUAUAAGAACCCUCAGCCUGGUGUGAUGAUUUAUGGUCAUAUCUUAGCCCUUUUACCAUGCAUAUUCCCCUUUUUCCAGUAUGCCUCUAACUUUGUAUCGCAGUCUCGGAAACCUUUUAUGUGAUCUGACUUGUAGGCAUGUAAACUGGCUAUCAGAGAAGCAAUCGAGACAGAAAUUCGAAAAGAGAGAGAGAAAGAGGAUAAUCCAGAUUUGGAUAUGGUAAGAGCUUUUACUAAACAUUUAUUUUUCCUGUCAUCUGGAAGACACACAUAUUUACAUAACAUGGUCUUGACAUUUUUAUGACUAAAUUUGCUUUGCAUUGCAUUUUUUUCCUGAAAAUAAUCAUGUUGGGCUCAGAUUUGAAAGUUCUUGGUUCAUGAAUCAUGCAUGCUUAUGGCUAUCAAAAUGAUAUAGUAUGAUAUUGUAAAGUAGGGACUGUUGAAUAGACCUUUCCUGCAUUACGCUUCAGUGAGCAAACGUAAAGAAAUGAGGACAAGACUCAGGUGUACAAUUUCAUACAAAUCACUGUAUUUUGUCCACUUGAGCUUCGAGUUGGUGCCUUUGUUUACAGGAAUGCGGGAAAUGUCUAUUAAAUCAUACAGAGUCAUGUUAAGGUUAAAAGCAACACUUUUUUUAAGUCCUUCAUUGUCAAAGUAACCCUAGAACUUUGCCUUCUUCAUCUCGCACAUCACUCUUCCCUUCACGCUUCCCUUUCCUCGCCUUAGCUUCAAAACCUUCCAUUUAUUAUUAUUAUUACCUGUGUUCGAUGUGUGUUAUUUAUGUCACUAACAAAAGGAACUGUAACUAUAUAGGAAGUGGAAGAUGAAGAUCCUGUUCCAGAGAUUAGACGAGAUCAUUUUGAAGAAGCCAUGAAGUUUGCUCGCAGGUCUGUUAGUGAUAAUGACAUCCGCAAAUAUGAGAUGUUUGCACAGACCCUUCAGCAGAGCCGAGGAUUUGGUGGAAACUUCAGGUAAGUUGAUUCUUUUAAGAUCAGUACAAUCAGAAUCAUUUUUGCUUUCAUAUUUAAAUGUGGUGAUCCCAGUGAGGUCUAAAAAACAAAAGCCCUAAUUUGCACAAGAAAGAAAAAUGCUGAAGGACUCUGGUCAUAGUAUGCAACUGUAGUAAAAUGAUGGUAUUGUGCAGAUGGCCUAAUGUUAUGAAAAAUAUGCAUUUUGUUAGGUUCCCAAGCCAGAGUGGAGGCAGUGGAACUGAAGGAGGACAGGGCGGCUCUGGUGCUGAUAAUUCUAACUUAUAUGAUGAUGAGGAUGAUGACCUGUACAGUUAGAGCAAAAUCUGCGUAUUAUUCAGUUUUAUUUUC